AUGUAGAGUUAAUUUUUUCAAACCUAUUUUAGAGGAUUAAUUGAACGGUGUGUUAGCGUAACCAUUGAGUUGAAAAAUGGAUUAUAAAUUCAAGGAUAAAUUACAUAUGUAGAUGAUAACCUAAAUUUCAACUUAGUUGAUCCAGAGGUAUCUGAUCCUGUUAAACAACCUUAACUAAUAACUCUAAAAAAUAGUUUCAUCAGAGGAUCCACAGUGAAAUAUGUACAUAUUCCACAAGAAGAAUUGUAAGAAGAAGUCUUGAUAUCUGCUUGCAAGAAUGAAGUCAAAAAAUAGAAAUAAUGA